UUGAACUCGUAUGCAAAAUCCUCUCCUUCCAAGAAAAAGAAAGCAGAAAUCUUCAAAUCACCAAAACCUAUCAGAAUUUCGUAGUUUCUCAGGCGUUACACGCAAUUGUCCAUCUGAAUUCGAGGUUUCUCCUAUGGCGAAUCACGAUAUGAAUUUCGUGGUUUCUCCGACGGCGACCCCAAUUUGCAAGACCAGGAUUUCCAAUUUCCAUGGAUCGAGUUCCCUCAAUUCGCGAUCAAGGCUCUGCAGUGGUAUGAAGAUCGCAAUCUAAGGAUCAACUCUUUCCGUCUAUGGAUGCAAACUGUUUCCGACUACGCUCUAGCUACGAUACUACUAAUCAUAAAAGCGAUCAAAUUGGGGGCUACCGAUCUCACUCUUCAAGUUCGGAGGUGCAGUCCGACUGCGAUGCUGUUUGUUUUACCAAAUGAGGUUCUUGAAUCCGAAACCCUAGCUAGAGUAUCUGCUCAUGAAUGCCUAAUUAAUCUCCGAUUCAGGAACAAAGAGAAAAUAAAGUUGGAUUGCACUGUAAGCUGGAGGAUGUUUAAAGAACAGAGACAACUUUGUGCAUCUUGUGAAUUCAUUGGUUUUGACAAUCUCAAGUCUUUGGAAUUGCUUGGUUUGGCUAGUAUAUAUAGGCAUGAUUUGUGGCCUAAAUUCCCUUGGCUGAAAGAAUUGGUGAUUUGGGACCACAACUCUGAGUAUGACUGGAAGGGCUCAAGAAUCUGCAGCCGAUCACUCGAGCUCAUAACCCUAUACAUGUAUGGCAAUAGGAUCACGAAUGGGACGUUCAAUGUUCCAAAUAUUCGAAAGUUUAAGGUGGUGGGCGUUCAUUUUCCGCAGCUGGAUGAGUUCAAGACAAGUAGUAACAGGGAAUGGGAGUCAGAUAUACAGAUACAGUGUGAUCAGCUUACUAUUUCAUGGUUCUCUUACUUGAUCAAACUCUUGAGAAUGUUGAGCCCAUCCCGGAUUUAUUUCUCUGUGUGUUCGACCUAUUCACAAGUUGAUCAGUGCAUUGUAUAUGUUGGAGAUGUUUUACCCAUACCUGUAGUAGAGAAAUUGAAUAUAUCAGGUCCUUAUCCACCAUUCUUCUCUGCUUUCCUAACUGCUUUGCUCCGGAGCUGUCGCACCACCCACGUAAGCGUUGAUGCAAGGUAUAUGGGGAAAGAGAAUCGGAGGGGGCGGACAUGAUUCAAGAAAUCGUCACCACUUCCAACUUAAAUAGGUGUGGGAUACAAGUCAUGGGCCAAUGAAAGUUGAGGUAUUCAAGUGUUUGUGUAUACCAACUGAACAUUGCAUUCAAAUUGGGCCUAUAUCUGUUGAUAGCUCUGUAAAUAGUGGGCCCACCUUUGUUGAUGCUGAAAAAUGAGACACUAUGAAGAUAACAUCAAACCAUGUCACACUCUUCUUACAUAGAGAAAAAGAAAAUCUAUUUUUCAACAACCAUAUGAUAUGACAUGCUUCCGUGAUGUUUCCCAAUGAUGAAUUGGUAUUAAUUUCACUCCAGCUUUGUUGUCUAGAAAUAAUUUCACUCCAACUUUUACUCCACCCCACAUUUUAGUG